AUGGAUCCUGCACGUGCUGGCCUUCUUGCCCGGGAGCUGCACAAGCUGAACGUGCAUGUGGCCGCUAUCCAGGAAGUUCGAUGGCCCGGUCAUGGAGAGCGAGAAUUCACGGCGGUGGACCCCAUCGCCAACACCUCUUUCAAGUACCACAUCUACUACAGUGGCGGCGAAAAGGCGAUGCACGGAGUCGGUUUCGUAGUGAUUGGGGAUCAGAAGAACCGAGUCAUCAAGUGGAAGGUGGUGAAUGACCGGAUCUGCGUGUUGAGAAUAAAGGGCAAAUUCUUCAACUACAGCCUGAUCAACAUCUACGCUCCGACGAACGACAAGCCCGAUGACGAGAAAGACGCUUUCUACGAGCGUCUUGACAAGACCUAUGGAGAGUGCCCAAGACACGACGUGAAGAUAGUCAUCGGAGACGCAAACGCGCAGGUCGGAAGGGAAGCCUUCUUCCAUCCUGUCAUCGGCAAGGAGAGCCUUCAUCCUCGCACGAAUGACAACGGCCUACGUUUGGUCAAUUUCGCCGCAGCCAGAGGAAUGGCUAUCUGUAGCACCUUCUUUGCGCGCAUGAACAUUCGGAAGCACACCUGGCGACACCCGAAUGGCGAAUCGUGCACACAAAUCGAUCACGUUUUGGUGGAUGGUCGACACUUCUCGGACGUGAUGGACGUCCGAUCGUACAGAGGACCGAACAUCGACUCUGAUCACUUCCUGGUAGCGUGUAAAAUCCGAGCUAGGCUGUCGAACGUGCUGACCCCGCGGACUGCGAGGAUAGCGCGGUUGAACGUCCAGCGCCUCGCGAGCAGCGACGUUGCUGCAGAGUACAGUCGGAAGCUCGACGAGCGGAUCAACGAGGACGCGCCUACGGUGAUCGGCACGACCAGAGGACGCAAACCCAAAGGGUGGUUUGAUGCGGAGUGCCAGCGAGUGACGGACGAGAAGAACGAGGCCAGGAAGCGUAUGCUCGUUAAGGGUACGCGCCGAAACUGUGAGCGAUACAGUGAGUUGCGAAGAGCAGAGAAACGAAUCCACCGCCGAAAAGAACGGGAGUACGACGAAACGGUACUUGCCGAAGCGGAAGCACAGUACAACGCGAACGAUAAGCGGAGGUUUUACGCGACUGUCAACGGUGUAAGAAGGAAAACCACGCCUUCCCUGUGA